CAGUUGUCGUUUAUUAGCUACAAGAAACAGACGUCCACCGAAAGUGCUCCUCGAACUUUUGUUCUCCCUUUCUUUAAAACGGUUCUCACAAAAGAAAAACGAAAAGUUCAGGUGGACCUUGUGGAAUGUGGUAGUUUUUCUUUUCUUUUUGGAAGAAAUAGACAGGAUUUUGGGUGAAUUCUAGUGUGACAAAAAUAUUGCUAUAAGAAAAAUGCUUCUGCACCAUUUACGAGCAUUUUUCCUUCUACCCAUAACAUUUGUCGUGGCGUGGAAACCCAUCGUUGGUCCACCAGCUGCUUUCACACUUAAACAGACACUUCCCGCCGUGGCCAGUACUGUGGUUGGAAAUCAAUUUCUCGAUACUCAGAGCCAAGCAGCUUCUCAUCCCUACAUCGAUACUGAGGAACGUAUCCUCAAUGGAAAAUUCUCUUACGCUGCAAAUUCUAUCUUUAGCACUGGACUAACAGAGCCCCUGGAGGACUCAUGCAGUGUGGACAAAUAUGCAUUAGAGUAUGAGGGUACGCUGCAAUAUGACAAAACUCUGCCAAAAUUGGAUCAAUUUACUCUUUGUGCAUGGAUGAGAUUUACGAAUCAUAGUGGGGAUCAUACUAUAUUUACGUAUUCAGUCGAUGGAGAAGAUAGAGAAAUUCAACUGUGGGUGGCCAACGCCAAAGGCUCCAGCUAUAUAUCUCUAGCUGUUCAUGGUCAAUCUCUCUAUCGACUGAAUUACCCACUGAGAUUCCGACAGUGGCACCAUGCAUGCACAUCCUGGAAUGGAAAGACCGGCGAAUGGCAGCUGUGGAUAAAGGCUGAACGAGUUGGUCGUGGCUUCCACAAUCGCUUGGUCAACCAUCAGACAAAGGGCAAUGGAAUUAUCUUUUCGGGUGGUCCUUCAAUCACUGGUCCAGUAUCUGAGGGUCUUCAUGCGGAAGUGACAAUGAUUCAAUUGUACAAAGUAGCUCUAAGUGCUGGAAAAGCACACCGAGACCAUAAACACCACCAUGUACAUCACUUUGAUCACAAUGGACCAGUUAGUAGUACAGCACCACCCCCAACGAACCCGCCUCAACCUAUGCAACCUGUAAAUCCAUUGCUGGCCAAUGGACAAAUAGCCACACGGGUUAGGCUCAAUCUAGCAGGAGUUCAGAAUCAGGAUGGCGCCGCAAAUCAACAAGCCAUUCCCGUUCAGGGAUUGCCAUCGCAAAUUCUGGGUGGUCUUGUAUCACCACAGCAGCAAGAUGCCACCAUUACGACGCAAUUCGUCAAUGGGCAAUUCCAUACCGGUGGUCGUCUCCUUUCGGAACAAUUAGUGUCAGGAAAUCUUGUUGCUGGAGUUUCACCGAGACCACCCAAUACCCUCACAUUCCCCGGACCAGUGGCAUCUUCUGCUGGCCCCAAUCUGGGUGCCAGUUCAUUUGCUGAACUCGGCAAUCCUGCCAAUGUGCAAUUCAUCGAUGAUUCCACCAACCCACGUUUCCUCUUCAAGCGAGAGGACAAAGCCACAGCAGACGAUGGGGAGGACACCGAGGACGAUAAGAAAAUCAAAAAGCGCGGAUUGAUUAUGCUACAAAGUGGUGCCAUUAUCGAUGACACCCUCCUGGGACGCGAUCCCGAACUCCUCGAGGGACUUACGCAAUUUGGAGAACAAUCUUUCAGAGAUUCAGGCAUUGAGGAUGAAAUCAAGGAACACGACAGAGAACCAGCUGAGGGGGAGGUGCGUGCUGUGAUGAAUCUAUGCACAGCAUGCGAUCAUGAACCCUUCCUGGGUGCCAUUGUUCUGGCAUGGAAAGAUCUCCAUGUGAGCAUGAAUCAUGCCCUCAAAGCCAAAACAUCGGGCAUUUGUGGGCAAUUUUAGUCUUUAAAACCAUCAACUCCAUAAAAAUCACUCAUUAAUCUCAUAUCCGUUCUUUCGGAGAGAUUUUUCUUUUUAUGUUUUCUCAUUACUCUACACAUCGAAUUUUUUUUUAACUUGUCAAUCUCAGCCAUUUUUUAUAUCGUGUUAUUUGCCAAUAAAUUAUUUAAGAGAUAUCCAUUAAAAAAAAUCUCAUCAUCUGAACCCUCAAAGGAGUAUUGACAAGGGAAAUUUGUGAUGAGAUAGAAAGAUUUGUAUAGAAAUAAAGAAGAAGAAAAAAAAAGAAAA